GGGGGGGUAGAAACUAUGAAUGUGCAGUGUCUAUUUUUUUCUACAGGUAUCAAAAAAAAGGUAAUGGCAGCCGGUAAGAAGAGUGGAUGUAGAUUGCUACUUGAUUGGGCACAGUCAAUAUCUAACCAUGUCUACUGGUGUGCUGCAAGUAGUGGUGGUGAUGAGAAACUACUUAAGGCUAAAUGGCUAUCAUUGCUGAAUCACAUUUGCAACAUUCAUGAUGGUCAUAGUGAAUUAUUUCCAAAAUGUGAGCAUGGUACUCUUGAGCCUCGCUUAUGGAUAAAGAAAGGAUCUAGAGCAUUUACUGAAUUGGCAUCAAUUGUUGAAAACAGGUAUCUCAUGAAAGAUAUUGGGAAGCUCAGCCAUGAGAAACAAACAUCAGCUCUUUAA